AUGAUAAUUUUUAGGAAAGAGAUUGGACCGAUUAUGUUGUACUACGGUUGUCGACAUCCACAGCAUGAUUACAUCUAUCAGGAUGAAAUCGAGGAAUUGGUGAAUGAUGGUGUGAUCAGCGAUUUGUACUGUGCGUUUUCACGCGCCCAGGAGCACAAGGUUUAUGUGCAGGAUAGACUAUGGGAAAGUCGCGAUAAGGUGUGGAGCGCGGUGGAAGCCGGCGCUCAUAUCUAUGUUUGCGGUGACGCACGUAAUAUGGCGCGUGAUGUGCAAAAUACAUUGAUGCGUAUAUUCCAAGAGACAGGAGGCAAAAACGAGGAUGAAGCGGUUAUUCUGUUCAAAAAUCUGGAGCGACAGCGAAGAUAUCAAGCUGAUGCUCCG